AUGCCUGCCCCUGCGUCUCCACCGCCAUUGAAGCGUCUUCCUUCCGGAGGAAGUCCUAACGGGAACCUAGAGCCCGUCAAAGACCGUCGCAGAAGAAGAUCAUCGAGUAUUAUUUCGCAUGUGGAACCAGAAACUUUGGAAGAGGAAAAUGAUCAGCAGAUGCUUCCCAACAUGAAUGCGUCGUGGGUCGAUCAGCGUGGUGCCUGGGCAGUACAUGUAGUAAUCAUCAUGCUGCUCAAGGGAUUUUUCAAUUUGCUUCCUGGCAUCACCAACGAGUGGUCCUGGACGCUCACCAAUACUACCUACGUGAUAGGGUCCUAUGUCAUGUUUCAUCUGGUCAAAGGGACUCCAUUUGAUUUCAACGGCGGUGCAUAUGAUAAUCUUACAAUGUGGGAACAGAUUAACGAUGGCAUGCUUUACACACCGAGUCGUAAAUUUUUGAUUUCAGUACCCAUAGUAUUGUUCCUGGUGAGCACCCAUUAUUCGCGCUACGACCUUCAGCUGUUCUUGUUGAAUUUCUCGCUCACUACAUUUGUUGCAGUCGUGCCAAAACUGCCUUUAACACACAGGCUCAGGAUCACAAUCCCAUUUUUAACGGGACCUGCCCAAAUCAAAUGA